AUGGAUUUAUCGACGCACGCGGGCAGCCGCGUAGAAUCUCGAGCUAAAAUUUCGGAAAACGUGUAUGCUAAUACGAUUCCCCCCGUGUACGACGAAGAAAAGAGUGGUCCGCAGUCGUGCCCUUCGACGUUCGGUAACACGAAGCAGCCCCAGUUUACGAUUGACAAGCUCCGUCAACUGCGGAGUAAUGAACUGGUCGCGUCCAAGCUGCUGCCCACCCGUACCAGUGUGAACAGUUUAAUGGGUUACGUGCGGGAGCUCCAAUUGUCGGAGGCUACACUGCGUAAGCAGCUAGUGAAGACGAAGCAGCAUACGGAGGAAGAACUGUCUCAAUCGCUGUCGAAGGUGAGCGAAUUGGAGCGAACAAUGAUGGAGGUGGAAAGGGACCGCAACCCAGCUGAAGCAGGCAGAGUCAGCUAA